AUGGGGUUGACCAUCUCUUCACUUUUCAAUCGUCUUUUUGGGAAGAAGCAGGUACGUAUUCUCAUGGUCGGUCUCGAUGCUGCUGGUAAAACGACAAUUCUGUAUAAGCUGAAAUUAGGAGAAAUCGUGACCACUAUUCCAACUAUUGGUUUCAACGUGGAAACUGUUGAAUACAAAAACAUUUCAUUCACUGUAUGGGAUGUUGGAGGUCAGGACAAAAUUCGUCCUUUGUGGAGGCAUUAUUUCCAGAAUACGCAAGGUCUUAUUUUUGUGGUGGACUCGAAUGACCGUGAACGUAUUGAAGAAUCCCGCGAAGAACUUCACAAGAUGCUCAAUGAGGACGAGCUUAGGGACGCUACACUUCUGGUUUUCGCAAACAAACAGGAUCUCCCCAAUGCCAUGAGCGCUGCUGAAUUAACGGAUAAGCUAGGACUUCACAAUCUGCGCUCACGACAGUGGUACAUCCAGGCGACUUGCGCUACUCAGGGUCAUGGACUGUACGAAGGCUUGGACUGGCUAUCGAACCAGCUGUCAAAAUCUUAA